CGUUUUGCCAUCGGCCAACACCAAUGGAAUCGCGCACCACCAGCACAGCCGCGGCCGGCGUUUCCCUUCCCUUCUAUCUCGAACGAGCGGCUCCUGGAGAGAAGCCCUAGCGCCGCCGCCGGUCUCCGCCGCCCGGAGUCCUCGUAUCCAGUGCUGCACCGCUGCGCGCCCGGAGAUCACUCACCGCCGAGCAUCCGGAGCCUCUCGUCUUCAUCUUCCUUUCCCUUUCCCUCUCGGCCGCGAGGCGAGGCCACCAGUCGACGCGCCUCUUGCCUGAUUCCUCCCGGCGGCCCGUUUCUCUCGAAGCCUCACGCUAACCUCGAACCCUCCGCGUCCUUCUUCGGAAGCGAAGCACGCCGCCUUUUCUGGACUGGCGCGGAGUGGAGAUCCAUCCGGACCUUGAUUUUUCUCUUCUUGUGGUCCAGCUUUCUCCAUGGUUCUUGGCAGCAAGAUUUUCCGCCAGAAAACCUUGUACGAGGUUCUAUCGGUAAGUGAAGAUGCGUCUUAUGAUGAAAUCCGUGCAGCAUACAAGUCUGCUGCUCUAAAUACACAUCCGGACAAAGCACACACAACUCUUGAGUCAUCUGUGCCUUCCAAUGAGCAACAGGAAUUUCUGAGCGUCCAGAAAGCAUGGGAAAUCCUACGCAGUUCUAAAUCUAGAGCCGACUAUGAUAAGCAGCUGCAAUCAUCCAGACAGAACAUUGAGAUCAUUGCAUCCGAAAUCGAAGUUGGGGAUAUGAUCAUCGAGAGCACUGCUGAUUCUAUGGAGCUGUUGUACCCAUGCAGGUGUGGCGAUUAUUUUUCAAUCACUUCAUGUGAACUGGGUGAUAUGGGAAUUUUGGUCACUGAUGAUGGAGAAGUAGAUCCGCAGGCGUCCAAUCCUGCAUCGGCUUCUGUUGUUCUGGGCUGUGGCUCAUGUUCUCUAAAAACACGAUUGGUUAUAGAUAAAACUUCAUGAUAUAUUUCUACCUCCAGUUGUAUGUUGUUCAUCAAUGAUCAGUUUAAACAAAUGACCACAUAUUUUUCAAGAAUAUAGCAGCAAUUGUCUUGAAAAUACUGCACUGAAAGCUUGCUUGUUCUUUCUUUUGCGAGGAUGUAUUGUAAGACCCUGAUGAUUGCAUUGUGACAAGUGAUGUUUUGAGCGUUGUAAUCA